AUUGUCAUUUGAUUUUUUUCCCAUAUCGUAACGCGAUUUGGCUUGAUGAGUUGUGUGGAAUUAUAAAUUAAAUGUAAUUUUAAAGUGAACAUAAAAACAAAAGAUCUUUAGCAAUCCAAGAAAACACUUUUGCUAACGUUGAGAUUAAAAUGUGAUACGUGAUACAUGCGUUUGUAUGUGUAGUUUUAAAUCAGUGAUGUGCGAGUGAUUUUAAUUUAAUUUUUAUCUAAUAAUAAUUUGUAAAAGUGAAAUUAGUGUUUAGAUUUGUAAGUGUUAUAAUACCUAUGGUUUACUGUGGCGUGUGCAAAUAUGGGGCAGAGUCCUAGUUCUAACCGGAGUAAAGGUAGUCGGAGGUCUUUUCGUUCUUUUGUGAGGCGUUCUAAGUUGAACAAGUCGAAUUUGAGCCACACGUUCAGCUUGCCGCCUUCGGAGGAGUACCCUGAGCUGAUGAAUGUGAACACGGCGACGGAGGAGCAGUUGAUGACGUUGCCAGGGGUGUCCAGGCAACUUGCACAGGAGAUAGUUCGUCAUCGGCAGAUGAUAGGCAGGUUUAAACGAGUCGACGACCUUGCCUUGGUCUCAGGUAUCGGUGCUGAAAAACUAGAGUUACUAAGACCUGAAAUAUGUACAAAUUCAAGAAGGCAGAUCUCUAGAACUAGCUCAUACACAUACUCAUUAGAUAGCAUAAGAUCAUCGUCAGAAAAUAAGUUAUGUUCAGUGAACUCAUCUAGCGUAUUCCAAUUACAAUGUGUACCUGGCUUAAACCAAGAAUUAGCCGCAAACAUAGUUGAUUACCGUAAUAAAAAAGGUCCCUUUAAGUCCUUAGAUGAUCUUAUAAAAGUAAGAGGAAUGGACAUAGUUAGACUAAGUAGUAUUAAACCACAUUUGAACCUGGAACUUCGGAAGUGCGAGAGCGUACAACAUCUAACCAAUGGGCACGUGAACGGAUGGACAGACCCUUCAAUAAAUGAUUCAUUGGUCAGCAGUGAGCCAAAAACUCCAAAGAGUCCGCAUAGAAAAAGUCUUUCAAUGCCAAAUAAAUUUCCUAUUACGUUGCCAAAUGGUUUUGCGACAGCUCCAGUAACAGAUAUAUUGGACUUGCUCUCCGCUUACUCUCACAGACCAAUUGUGGAAGAGGUGUUUACGUAUGAGAGAGAUGGGGUUAGGUGUUGCCGUCUCGCUUCCUGGAAUCUCCAUCAACUCAGUGUUGACAAAAUCACAAAUCCUGGUGUUAGAGAAGUGAUAUGCAGGACUAUUCUGGAAUAUAAGUUAUCAAUAAUAGCCGUUCAGGAUAUACUGGAAGAGCCCGCGUUGCAGAUGAUAUGCGAUGAGCUCAACUCGCCAGCGUUGCGGCGAGUGAGAGAGUGGCGCUGCAACAGUCACACCUGGCAGAGCGUGUAUACAGGUCGAAACCUGGGCUUCUUGUACGAGCGCUCCAACAAGCACAUCACGGUAGAGACCGCGCUGCUCACAGAUGAACAUGCGCGAAGGAUCUUCGAGGAACUGACUGCGCUGCGCUCUAAGCGGCUGGGCGUCUCUCCGCAAGCGUUCCUGAUAUGCAACCGGCCGGUUAUCCUAGUGAACGUACAGUGCACGGAGCGGUUGAGUGACGAGGAUGGCACGAGACUGAGCGAGAUAGCCGACCGAGCACUCUCCUGCAACCUAGAGCUGGCCUUCUUCGGGGAGUUCGUGCGAUGGGAAAAUGUUCGAUCGCUACAGAACUGCGAAUCAAUAUUGGACCAAGCGAUCGUCACGAAAAUAGACACUAACGCCACCGGGCAAAGCGCCAUUUUAUGCCCCGGAAGCAUAGACAAGACGAACUUUAACGCGCACUCUGGGGUGAUCAAAUCAGGGCUAUGCCAUUUAGCCAUACCACGGGGAUGGUCAUGGGGUGGACCCGCGUCCCCAUUCUGUCCCAUUUGGGCAGAAUUCAAAGUGCCUGAUUGACACAUGGUCACCAUAGAUAAUAGAAAAAAUUCUCUUGUAUAUUGUGCGACUACUGCACUAGUGUCGAUCUUGCAAUUCCUCUUUGUAUUCCUUUUGAUGUCUUAAAGCGGCCAUGUUGGAUUUAGUGUCACUUUUUGCCGCCAAUUCACCUAUUCGUUGUCUUUUAACGUGGGCAGACAUUGUUGUUAUGCCACUUCAAGGUAUUUGCAUGCCAUUUUAAUCUCAUUAAAAGUCUUUAGUUGUACAAAUGAUAUAGAGACAGGAUUGUUGUUCGAUUGUACACAUAACCUCUAAAUUAAACUCAUAAUAGUGUUAACUGCUAUCCUAUGCACAUUGUCCCCUGCAGAAAAGUAUAACACUAUAUAGACCUGUUACACCCGAUGUAUUGAAAAGCAUGCUAACCUUUUUUGUAAGGGGCGUGGAGAAAAAAAUGCCACUAUCCUUAAAACUAGCCCCUUAGCCCUUUUAAAUUAUAGAUGUAACGCUAUAACUCCGCUGUCCAUCUGUCCGUCUGUCUGUCAUCGGGCUUUAUCUCGUAAUAGGUAGAGUCAAAAUUUUUACAGAUGGUCUGUGAGCUAGUGCUUAUGCCCGCGACUUCGUCCGUGUGGACUACACAAACUUCAAACCCCUAUUUUACCUCGUUAGAUGUUGAAUUUUCAAUAAUCCUUUCUUAGUGGAUGUCUACGUCAUAAUA